AUGUUCCCUUACAUUCAUGUUCAUCCUUUCGAUAACUUCGGAACAUUGCAACACUCGUUUGACAGUGUCCGGCAGCGAGCCGAUGCACUGCACGUCGAAAACGUCGCUCUCAGGUCCCAAGUUCAGGUUCUCAGUGGACGUAUCUCCUCUCUUGAGACCGAGAAUACACAAUUACGCUCCAUGGUUACCGGCAUUCCGCCGCCUCCGCCCGCCUCAGACGUGUACACGACCGAAAUUGAAAACGUGAUACAGCUGCCUGUAGCCCUCAAGAGCUUGGCGAUCAUGCAGAACCACUUCCGCUACCAAGGCACCCUAAGGCAAUGUUCAACUCUAGGCUGCAACCGAUACGCCUUCGAUCAGACAUGCUUCCGAGAAGGCCACAUCGCUUGGUGUCGCACCCACAACCGCAUCAUCACCCGCACGUACACUUCUUGCUCGGUAAGGUUAGAAGCACGCGGUGACUGCUCGCCACUCUACUGGGAACCCAGCAGUAACUGGGAAGAGAUUGUAGCUUGCGCCUUCCGAGACGGCAAGAUUGGCCGCAAGGAUUUGCCGACUGAUGUCCUUGAUCGACUUCUGUACCCUCAAAUCCACCCAAUCUCGCAGCGCACUGGUCCACCAAUCCACCCCCCACAGGCUCGUUACUUGCAUGACAACUUUUCUUACACGAUGUUCAGGAAGCGUUGA